CAGAUUCACUUCUGGGACUUUCCACCGCACACGUCCUGAAAAGCGGUUUCCAGAGGCGCAUAAAACCUUUGGAGAGUUGCAGAGAGUUGCAUUUCGUGUUAGAGACAUAAACACACAGAGACACGCCAGUGAUGGACGAGCAUCAGGAUGAGGCGCUGCUGCAGCGCGUGCCAAGCCAGGAGACCAUCGUGAACCGCGGGAGGAGCGCCAAUGGAAAGGCGCUGAAGGUGACCGGACUGACAGUCCUGGCCUGUCUUCUGCUGGCGGGACAGGCGCUGACCGCGUACCUCGUCUGGGGUCAGAAGGAACACAUCAGUGCUCUGACCACUGGCCAGGAGAAGCUGAAGACGGAGCUCACCAGAAAGAUGUCCGGUGCUCCUCCAAAGGCCAUGCAUCUUCCCAUGCACAGCAUGCCACUGCUGAAGGACUUCUCUGACGAGUCCUCUGACCAGACCUCCAACAAGAAGAGCAGCAUUCCUCUCACUAAACUGCGACCAAUUUUCACAAACCAGAGAGAGGGCAGUGGACAACUGGAUGCUUCCAGACUGAAUCGGAAGAAGAUGCAGCUGCCGAUGAGGAGCCUGCCACUGCUGGUGGACGUGGAUGAGGAGGUGAAGAACUCUCCUGAAUCAGCUGUGGAGGUUCAGAGUAAGUGUCAGCUGGAGUCUCAGAAGGAGGUGAGACCCGGGUUCUACAAGCCUCAGUGUGAUGAGCAGGGCAACUAUCUGCCCAUGCAGUGCUGGCACAGCACCGGAUACUGCUGGUGUGUGGAUAAAGACGGCACAGAGAUCCCAGACACACGCAUACGUGGAGGCCCACUCCCCCAGUGCAGCUAAGAUGCUGAGCUUCUCGAGUGAAUCAUCUCGUCCAGAAAUAAAGAGAAUAACUCCAGUCCUAUCACCUGUCAUUAGUUUCAGCUCCUGACGAUCAAUCAGUCCAUAUGGAUUAUAUUAAAUGGGAAUAACCCAGUAACCUUCCUACUGAAGAUCUCUUCUUCUGAUCUGUGCUCAGAAUAGAUAAACAUACGCAGCAUAUUAGCACUGAUCUAACCUUUAUUCUAAUAAUAUCUAAAGUAAGUCCUCUGUGUGAUACUAUUUCUUAUUUUAAAUUUGAACUCACAGCAUGUUGUUAGAGGUAGCAUGAAUAUUACAGUGCUUAGGACUGUUAAUAAACACAUGCUGUUUCCAAA